AUGGAUAGACAGACAACUGGUCAACUGUUUGCUGGGGCACCUACCACUAGAGGUCUUCUGCGGCACAUGGGUGUAGGAAGUGGUUCUGGAGAACUAGAAAUUCAGAUCAUCCGAGCCCUUCUGGAGAAGUUCAAGUGCAUCUACAAUCUCGUCAUUGAGCCCAGCACUUACCAGAUUGAUUUGUAUAAAAAGUUGGUCCGAAAUAACAAGGAAUUGUCAGCUGCCGUCGAGUUCGACUGGCGGCAGCAGACGCUAGAGGAUUACAUUGCUAGUGACGACGGGAGAGGGCGUGGUGAAUUUGACGUCAUCACAUCGGUUCAUACCAUUUACUACGGUGGCCCCAUGGAGUACAAUGUGCCCUACCUGUUUGACCUGUUGGCUGAAGGUGGUGUUUUGGCGAUUGUCCUUUUAUCCGAUACAGAUAGUUUGUCUCAGGUACAGAGACACUUUCUCUCACCCAGCAUCGCUGGUUACCGUUACUACACGAAGCAAAAGCUGCAGUCAUUCCUGACUACCAGUAACGUCUCACACCAGACCAUUGAUGUCCCACGGUUUAACAUCGACGUCACACCCUGCUUCGAUUACAGCUCGAAAGAAGGCUCACUGCUUGUUGUUGGCAAGGCAACAUACUCUAUCAACAAAAAGUAUCGGCAAAAGAUUUGA